AUGCCGUCGCGCGUCAGCCUCCGCGAUGUGAAGCAGCGCUCAGCAGUACGUUCCUUUACUCUUGAAGAGUACGCUAUGGCGCGCACGUUGCGGCAAGCUCGGCAAUCGGGCACCUUAAAUCUAUCUUCAAGAGACCUACGCGCUUUUCCCGACGAGAUAUUUCGGCUAUACGAUGAGCUUGACGAAGAUGAGAACAGUUGGGAAUGCGUAGCGCUUAAGAAGCUUGAUCUUAGCUAUAAUGAGAUCGCCGAGAUUCCAAGUCAAGUAGAAACGCUCAAGUAUCUUGUGAAUUUUAAAAUACGCCACAACCUCUUGCGGCAACUGCCGACAACUAUAUGGAACCUGGAAAUGCUGACAAGUCUUGACCUCAGCAGCAACGAGUUGGAAGGGGCUUUACCAGAGCAGUUGGGUAUAUUAAUCAAAUUGCGGGAACUGGGACUGGGGGGCAAUAAGCUGACGCAAUUACCAGAAUCGAUAGGUGAACUGGUUGACUUGAAGGAACUCCGAGUUGAGAGCAAUCGAUUGGCAGCGUUACCUUCGACCAUCGGGAAUCUGAAAAAUUUAAAGCUGUUAUCGGCACACUCGAAUGAAAUUAAAGAGCUUCCGAUGUCAUUUCGUUCAUUGAUAGGAUUAUUGACGCUGGAAUUAAAAGAUAACAGCUUAUCAACUGUAAAUGGCGCCUUUCAAGAGCUGAGAUUGAUCAAGUAUAUUGAUUUGCGUCAAAAUAAACUUUUAGUAUUCCCAAAACUACCGAGGAAUAACACAAGCUUGGAUCAGCUUCUUCUAGGGUAUAACCUACUCGGGGAGAUCCCGGAAGAUGUUGUACUCACUGUGAAGGAGUCGCUCACAGUGCUCGAUGUUCGAGAUAACAAAUUACAACGUUUGUCUAGCAGAAUUCCCGAGCUAUUCCGGUUGAAGACUCUUGAUGUCACGAAUAAUGACCUGCACCAAUUGCCUCCAGGGCUUGGCUAUCUCAAGCAUUUGGAUCACUUGUUGGUCGCGGGCAAUCCGCUACGAUCGAUUAGACGAUCGGUUCUUUCAGGAGGUACAGAGACGCUAAAAAAAUUCUUGCGCACUCGUGGCAAUCCACCAAAAGGGGUUGAUGCUAUGGAAGAGGAGAUUGACGAGCUCACGAAACAACAGACGGAAUCGGGGCAGGACGAACCCAUGGCCGAAGAAGAUCCAUGUGUAGACUACGAACAUUUGUUUCGCGAUGCAAAUAUAUCGGGCAAUAUGCAGCUUGUUGCUAUGAAACUUUGCCAUUUACCAGAGCAACUUUUUGCAGCAGGAAAGUAUCGCUUCCGAGAUACUUUGCUCCAGCUGGACUUGUCUAAGAACUUGCUGGUUGAGUUGCCUGCUGCUAUUGGCGACCUGGACUCUUUGCGUAUUCUAACCGCAGAACAAUGCGGAUUAAAGUCAAUUCAUGCAUCGAUCACUAUGAUUUCGCGCUUAGAGCAUUUGCGCCUCUCCAAAAAUUUGCUUACGUCAGAUGGUAUUAAUAUGAUGCUAUGCUUGGAUAAACGUGCUAAAAUCUGCACAUCUUUGAAAGAGUUGGAUCUUCGCAACAAUGAGCUGACCGAAGUUCCGCAAGCGUUGCAAUUUCUGAAAAUGAUGGACAAACUUUUGCUGUCUUUUAAUCAUAUUCGCACGUUCAACACAUUUCCGUGGUCCUCACUGCAAAAUCUUACUGUGCUCAGCGCUGCAAACAAUUGUGUAAGAGAAAAUAUUGCUUUUUUUUUCAGCACGUUACCAAUGAAGAUAACUGAACAAUAUAUACAGCUAGAUUCUUGUGGAGCUGUCCAUCGGAUACCAAAGAUUGCAUCGCUUUCGCUGGAAAAUAACGAGCUGCGUCAGAUCCCAGUAGAGCUUGCGCUCUGUGUGAAUCUUAGGGCUCUUUACCUUGCUGGAAAUCCUCAGCGGGGUAUUCGAACUCAAAUUAUCAACAGUGGCACUGAGGCUAUUCUCAAGUAUCUUCGCAUGCGACUACCUAAAGACGUUGUACCACCUACAGGCUCAUCAGCAUCCACCAAGGCUUCAGAUACGCUUGAUAGUGCGCUUUUAUCGAACCAGAAAACUGAGAGCCCCAUGAGUAAUCAAGAGGUGGUAAAAAAGGUGAAUUCGUGUAUAGAUGCAUUACCAUCUAAUCCAAGCCUCGAGCCAUCAGCUUUAGCUUUGACCAAGCAAUCACAGCCACUAUCAUCUAUGCCAGUAUCAGCAGCUGGUCCAGCACUGUUCAGAUUACCUGAAGAUGAAGUGUUGGCGGAGCUGAACGCGAAAAUCUUGAAAAUCGAGCAAUUGCUGGACGAUUUCGCCAUUUCUGCUGCGAAGCGAUUUGCGCUGAAAAAGGAGUUGGCCAUGGCGCGAUCGCUCAAAAUUCGCCUCCUACGAAAAUGUGAGCAAAACAAGCUUUGA